UUGGUUCGCUACCAGCCAGAAAGGAGGUUGGAAAUAGGUUCGGGAAAAUAAGCACGAUAAAGGACGAACGAAAAGGACACACGAGACUGCAGGAACUGCCAAAACUCAUUUUUCAUUAACGCGUAAUGGGGAGCCAGGCUCAGGGCCUCGGAUCUGAUCACGGCUCUAGUCCAGAGAGCGCCCGGGCCGGGCCGCCCGCAGCUCUGCCGCUCAGCCGGUGAUGCGCACGUCCGUGCGGCGGCGAAGCCGCCGGGCCCGCGCUGCCUCAGGCAGGAUGGCGAGCAGCUGCUCCUGCACCAGCAUCUCCACGAUCUGCUCCUUCGUACGGAUGUCGGGCCGCAGCCACUGGCGGGAGAGCUCCCGCAGCUGUCGGAACGCCUCCCGAGGGCCUGCCGCGUCCUGGUAGCGGAACUGCCGGAAUCGCUGGCGGAACGUCUCCGGGCCGGGCCGGGAGCCGCCAGGGCCUGGGGGGGAUCGCGGAGCGGCUUCGGCAAACGGCGCGGAGGCCAGGGGUGCGGGCCCGAGGGGCAGCUCCAGGGCGGCGGCGGCCGCCGCGGGAAACGUAGGAUUCGCUUCGGGGACCGCGGCGUUGAGGCUGGACGAUUCGGGGGCAGGCGGUGGGGUCUCAGGAGUCGAGGAGGAGCCCGUAGAAUUACGCUCCGGGCCUGAGCUCAAGCCGGCCCCUUCCUCUUUCCCCGACAGCGGCGCGAGGCUCUCGGUUACUGCCAAGCUCGGCUCACUUGCCGCCAUGACUCCAACUCUGGACGUCACCCUUUGUCCGGCAGCUGUGGGCGCAGCACAGCGUCUGCUAGGGGGCAGGGUGAAGAGGGAGACGUUUCCGUUAAAGGGCGGAGCCCGCGCGACCCUGAGGGAGAGGGGCGGUGGGGGCCCCCAGCCUACCAGCGCCAGCAAAGCGCCUGGGACGGCCGGAAGUGGGCGUCCAGGCUGGCUUCUCUAUGGUGAGCUCGGCGCGCGAGCGUCCGGAAGCUGAGUCCGGGCUCCCGGAAGCGGCGCCCUCUCGCGUUCCUGAGUCCCGGCAGGAGGCUGUGGCUACCGCCAGCCCGCCGACUAGUCGAAGCGUGCAAUGGCUGGCUCCGGCUGGUGGCGCCUACGAGCACCAGUUCUAGGAGAAGGAGAAGUCGAAGAGUCGGAGGAGGAGCCGGAGGAGGGGUCGGAGGAGGAGUCGGUGCCGGAGCCGCCGCUCAAGCCCAAGCCCAAGCCUAAGGAGAAGGGGCCCAGAAGGGUCCCUCUCCGCCUAGAUCGGUUCGGCUUGCAGGUUAAGAAAUCAAGAUACCAAGAGGCAAAGGAUUGGUCCAAAAUCAAAAACCUAGGGCUGUACCAGCUCACCAUGGAUAUCAUUAGGAUGAACCGAGUGUGUAGAAUGUUCCGCCAAGGCCUCAGGGGACUUCGGGAAUAUCAGAUCAUUGAGACUGCUCACAGAAAGCACCCUAUCUUCUCUUUCUGGGAUAAAAAGAAACAAGGCCGAAUCACAUUUGAUACUAUGGACUUCAUUGGAGAGUCGGAGCACUUCCCUCCAAGGGCCAUUCAGAUCACGCAGAAGAAGCCCGCUUGGAGGACAGAGCGCGAGAUCCAGUCCCUCUGUAACCUCCUGCAGGUUCUGGAUAGUUACCAGAACUACUCGGAGCCCCUGCAGCUGCUCCUGGCCAAGGUCAUGCGCUUUGAACGGUUUGGUCGCAGGCGUGUGAUCAUCAGGAAGGGCCAGAGGGCCAACAGCUUUUAUUUUAUCUACCUGGGCACGGUGGCCGUGACCGAGGACGAAGAUGGCAGCAGUGCCUUCCUGGACCCCCACCCGACGUUGCUGCAAAAGGGCAGCUCUUUUGGGGAAAUGGGCUUUCUAACUUCUUCAGUGAGGAGGGCCACCGUGGUCUGUAUGGAAGAAACAGAGUUCUUGGUUGUUGACAGAGAGGAUUUCCUUGCUAAUAAACUGGACCAAGAAGUUAAAAAGGAUGCUCAGCAUUGGUUUGAAUUUUUUAGGAAGAUGGAUCUGUUUCACUCCUGGUCCGAUGAGAAGCUCUGGAAGCUCGUAAUGCUGGGGAAGAUAGAGAAGUUCUCAUAUGGGCAGCUGAUCUCAAAGGACUUUGUAGAAUCGUCCUCCAUCGUGUUUGUGUGUAAGGGCAGCUGUGAAGUACUGCAGUUGAUAGACCUUGCGACCUCGCCCUUCUACCACAAGUGGGUCUGGCAGCACCUGCAGCUGAUAGACGACAGACCUCCAAACACCCACCUCAAGGAUCUGUCUCCUGUGGAGAGAUUUAAGGAAUUCCAGAUCAAGUCAUAUCCUGUACAGGAUUUUAGUUCUCUGAAACUUCUGCAUCUCCGGAAAGCCCAGGAGCAACAGGGAUCCAGCUUCAGUAGGAAGAUUAAAACCUCAGCAAAUACUCUCCCAAAGACCUUGGGCCCAAAGAUCAAAUCCAGGUGUCCUCAUUUCAUCGAGUGUCCCAUGAUUGAUACGAAGUAUGGUGCUCUCCCCAAGGAGGCUGCAGUGGGGGCCUACGUGAAGAUUCACACUGUGGAGCAAGGAGAAGUCUUGGGCCUUCACCAGAUCCUCCUCCCGGAGAGCCAGCGUGACACUCGGCCCUUGAUCCUGGUGAGCCUGGGAGCUGAGGUGAUACGGGUUAGGAAAGAGAAGUUUUGCGAACUGAUUGACAGUAAGACAAUAGAAAAAUUGUCGAAGUUCGAGAUCAAGUACCCCAGCGAUGAAGAUGUGUGCCAGAAGUUCCUCGAGGAGAACAGCUGGAAUGUCUUCCGGAAGGACCUGAUGCGGCUGCUGGUGGAGCCUCGCCAGUGUCCACCAUUCACCCCAGUCCAGCCCAAGAAGAAAGGGAUCUACAAGCCCAAGGCUGUGAUGCUGGAUUUGUGUAGCUUAGACAAGAAGACAAGACCUUGUCAUCCCAUUUUUAUGGCACCCCAGAAAUACCUCCCCCCAUUGAGGAUUGUCGAAACCAUUAUAGCACCCCGGUACAAAAUCCAAGAACUCCUGCCUCAGUAUAAGAAUGCAGGGGUCCUUGUUUAGAAUCAAUAAAAGAUGUUGGGU